AUGCUUUCCACCAUGCCUCCCCAAAACACAGAGACUGACACUAUGCAGGUCGGCUCUCUGGCGGGUGGGGUUACCCACAAAAACCCAACGGUAACGGGCGGAGAGGAGGAGAAUGGAGGAGGAAGAGGUAGAGAGACGGAUGGAUCAGGAGGGGGAGGAGGAGGAGGAGGAGAAGAGUCGGUGAGCGAAGGAUCAAUAGAAGGCAUUCCUCUGAAGAGAUGGGUGAUGCACGGGGCCGUGAUGUUCGGCCGAGAGUUCUGCUAUGCCAUGGAAACGGCCCUGGUGACACCAGUGCUGCUACAGAUAGGUCUCCCGGAGCAGUACUACAGUCUGACCUGGUUUCUCAGUCCAAUCCUUGGUCUGCUGUUCACUCCCCUGAUCGGCUCAGCCAGUGACCGCUGCACUCUGCGAUGGGGCCGCAGGAGACCCUUCAUCCUGGCGCUGUGUAUCGGGACGCUGAUGGGAGUGGCACUGUUCCUCAACGGAUCACUGAUAGGUAUGUCACUGGGUGAUGAGCAAGGGAACCAGCCUAUAGGAAUCAUUCUUACCGUGCUGGGCGUGGUGGUAUUGGAUUUUUGUGCGGACGCCACAGAGGGACCAAUCAGAGCUUACCUUCUUGAUGUGGCAGAUACGGAAGAACAAGACAUGGCGCUCAACAUCCAUGCUGCUUCAGCAGGUCUAGGCGGUGCGGUAGGCUACGCUCUUGGAGGUCUAGACUGGACACACACCUUUCUGGGUGUAGCCUUCAAGUCCCAGGAGCAGAUCCUGUUCUUCUUCGCUGCCAUCCUCUUCUCCAUCUCUGUAGUCAUGCACCUCUUCAGCAUUGAGGAGCAACAGUACUCCCCCCAACACGACAGACUGGACCAGGAGAGUCCAGAUCCUGCCCACCCCAACCCUUCAGCCAAUGGCAGAACUGGACUUCAGCAUGGCCCCAACCCACAGCUGGAAAUGAUUGGCGAGGAUGAGACGAUUGACAGCUUUGACUUGUAUGACCCUUACAGAGAUGAUCGAUCAGAGCGUGGGGAUCUGGACAUGGAGUUUCUGGAAGUGGAGCUUGUUAGGAGUAAGAGUGACAGUGUUCUUGCCAUGACAGAUGCCACUCUCGACCACUUGGACCAUGAUGCUUUGUUCCUGCGAUACAUAGAGCCGUCCAUCUUUGCCGAUCGCCUCUCAUCCUAUCAUGGCUCCCCUCCAAGGACAGCAUCCUUUUUCUCCACCAAUCGCAGCUCUUCGCCACCCUGGCCAACCAAUCACAGACGCAGUAGCAGCACAGGAAGCCAGGACCUUCUUCGCACCCAAACCAACAAUCAGCAGUCACAGGCUCCGGGUACAAGGAUUUCCCGCCUCUCAGCAUUUUUGCAGGAGAUGGAACAUGAUGAUGGACAGGAAGCAUUGCUUAAUAACCAGCUUAAUGAACAGCAGAAACCGAAUGGUCGGCUAUUGGCCACUGUUGCUAAUGCUAACAGGGUUAAUGGUCUGAGUGCUAAAGGACAGGCCCACCGUGCUGGAAUGGUCAAAGCGGCCAGCACAGGUGCACCCGUGCGGCAAUGUCGCCACCGGCACACUUUCUAUCGGCAGCCAUCCUGCACCUUCUCUUACUACGGCCGAGUCGGAAACCACCGCUACCGCUACCGUAAGGCCAAUGCUGCCUUGCUCAUCAAGCCCUCCCGCAGUAUGAACGACCUGUAUGAGGUGGAGGCCAGACACAGGAGGAGACAACGGCAGAGGAACCGGCACCAGAGCGGAAACACCAACUCAUCCAGUGGAGACACAGAGAGCGAAGAGGGAGAGGUUGAGACCACAGUGCGUCUGCUGUGGUUGUCCAUGUUGAAGAUGCCUCCAGAACUGCUGAGGCUGUGUGUGUGUCACCUACUCACCUGGUUCUCCAUCAUAGCCGAGGCCGUCUUCUAUACUGACUUCAUGGGACAAGUCAUCUACAAUGGAGAUCCCACCGCUGCUGUUAACUCAACAGAGUUAGCCAACUAUAAUAGGGGAGUCCAGAUGGGAUGUUGGGGACUAGUUAUAUAUGCCAUGACCGCUGCUGCAUGUUCAGCCAUCCUUCAGAAAUAUCUGGAUAAUUUUGAGCUGAGUAUUAAAGUCAUCUAUAUCUUAGGAACGCUGGGCUUCUCCAUAGGGACCGCCGUCAUGGCGAUCUUCCCGAAUGUGUACGUCGCUAUGGUGAUGAUCAGCAGCAUGGGUGUCAUCUCCAUGAGCAUCUCCUACUGUCCUUACGCUCUGCUGGGCCAAUACCAUGAAAUAAAAUCGUAUAUUCAGCACAGUCCUGGAAACUCCCGGAGAGGCUUUGGUAUCGACUGUGCCAUCUUAUCCUGCCAGGUGUAUAUCAGUCAGAUCUUAGUGGCUUCAGGUCUGGGUGCCGUCGUUGACGCAGUGGGAAGUGUUCGCGUCAUUCCCAUCGUGGCCUCUGGGGGAUCCCUCCUCGGUUUCAUCACUGCCUGCUUCCUGGUGAUUUAUCCUACACCAAACACCGGGGACGGAGAGUCAGGCAAAGCAUCAGAGAGGCGGGCUUUGACGGUUCCGGAGCAGACCAAUGGCAGCAGUGUGUCUGUCACUGUUGUCAUGGAGAAACCCAGCUUCCUGAAACUCAACAAGAAGGGCAGGACCACCACCACCACCACUUCCUGUCAUGUGGAGAAUGAGUCCACUUUGUGAUUAGUGGGCUAGCUUUGAUGGACAGGGAAUUACAGGUUACCGUGGAAACAAAUGGUGAUAUCCAUCAACAUCAUCCUUGAUGGAAAG